UAUCAGACUACUUUGCUUGUUUCAUUAAAAUAUUGUGUGUUUAGUUUAUUGUUAAGCUGGUAAAAAUAAAAAGAAUAAAACAGCUUUUUUAAUUUUAAUAAAAGAGAAAAAAAAAUCGAAAUUGUGUGGCCCCCGACUACUUUCAGCUUGACAUUUGUGGCUCACAUGGCAAAAAAGUUUGGACACCACUGUGCUGGUUGUGGCUCUGGUUGGGUUGCCGGUUCGAACACCCGCUCUGUCCGUUUCAGCCGCUGUGUCCAUGGCAGCUUUCUGGGCGGUCGUUGUGGGGUCCACUCGUCGUGUGUGGGCUCGCCUGUGUAUGGCAGUCUCACUUCUGUCAGUGUGCCCUAGGGCAGCUGUGGCUACAUCGUACCGUAAAGCGCUUUGGGAUCUCUGAGAUUUGAUGAAGCGCUAUACAAGUUUACCUUUUACUACUGUGCUUAAUAACCCCUGAACCUCCCGGCUGUAGAGGGCGACAAGCUGCCCAUCCUACCACAGACACAUCCGGAGCGUUUUCUCUCCUAACACGGCACGGUUUUGUUUAGGUUCCAGCACGGAUCCAUUUUCACAUUUCCAGGGUUUGGAGUCAGAUUAGAUCAGCGGGACGGAUGGUCCGCAGUUAUUGGUCCUCCUGUUAUCUGUGGGCGGUCUGAGGCGAUCUGCGGUGACGUAACCUCGCUGUGCGGAUUUAACGCCCAGAUGUGAAAUAUGACGAUCCAGCUUGAAAGCUCCGCAGAUGUGGAUGCUUUGGUUAGAAGACUAGAGGAGGGGUCGCUGACUAAGUUUGUCACUUUUUCUGUGGACCGACAUUACAAUGACAAAGAUUGGCAGCCUUUGCCUAUGAACCGGGUGCACUGGCAGUGGGCCGGCGGCUCUGGGAUGCCUUCUAUUGAAUUUACCGGAAUCCCUUUUAUGUUUGUGGGGUCUAAAAGGCUUGUCUGCCAUCAAGGCAAAGAUCUCGCUGUGGCCCAGAAGAGGAAGUAUUUCGAAGAAAAGGCUAGAAAGAUGCUGGAGGACCACAGCCUUGCCUGCAAAAAAUCCCGUCAGCCAUCUACCAAAAAGGUGGGAUGUUCAGCGACCAUAUCAGUCAGCAAGAUAGCGACAUUUUCUAAAUUUAAGGUGGUGGACAACGCAGAAAGGAGUAAAAAGGCAGCUUCAAAGAUGCUGAGAAUGGCCCUGGAGAGAGAUCCGGUGGUUUGGGAAACACGCUUUGCUGUGGCACAUUCAAGUGAGCAUGCAGGACAUGCAGAUGGGAAAAAUGCAGAUAUGACCUUAGCAUCUGGCCAGAUCCCACACAAACGAACAAGGAAGUUAGAUCUGAGAAGAAAAUGUGUCAAACUCACCAAACAACUUAUGGACAGCUUAAAUGCGAUUGAGGACCAUCGAACACUUGAGGAGGUUUCACAGAUUCUAAGCACCCUGCUGAAAGAUCUAGCUCAUCUGAACAGCAAUGUGGAGGGAAAGCCUCUUCAUCUUGAAGCAAAGAAAACCGGAGUUUUCUCAGAACUUCCAACUCCACUAUCGCAGAGGGGUCUUGAGGGGCCUGAAUCUGUACACACAGAGAAAGUGGGAGCUCAGGAUGACUGCAUGCAUGGACUCACAAGUUAAACAUCUGCAGUUAACAGUUCCACACUACUUUUUGUUGCAUUAUAGUUCUAUUAGCACAGAGUUGACAGACAAGCAUUAUCCAUUUUGAAAAUAUUGAUCAUUAUUUGUUUAUGAAAAGUAAAAGCAGUUAGAUAAUUUA